UUUAUGAAUAAUUGAGUGGCAAUAAGAUAUCUUCAUAUUACACAUCUACGGUACAAUGCAAAGUGAAGAGCUUAUAUCAGUGCAAAACACGCCGUUCUAACAUUGAUGAUGUCUGUCAACGUAUUUUUCGUUAUACUGUGUCUUAUUAUAAGAACAGCAAAACUUGCACCCAAAAUGAACACAUCAGAAAUAAGUGAGAAAUUUAGAAAAAUAUUCAAAAAUUACGAUAAACGCAUCCUUCCAAGUCAUACAGGUGAACCUGUUAAUGUUUCGAUGCAGUUUUAUGUCGUCGAUAUGGUUCCUAUUAAAAGAUAUUAUAUGCAUAUGGAUGUCAAUUUGUUUGUUCGACAAUUCUGGAGAGAUCACAGACUUGAUCUUUCUUUAAAUCGUUCUGAAUGGAAAGCAUUUGGAAUCGAGGCCUUCAAAGAUAUCUGGGUGCCUGAAGUCUACUUCCCAGCUGCAAAGAAAGGCAAAUGGCAUGAUCUUAUGAAGCCAAACACUGCCUUACACAUUCAUCAUGGGGGAGAAAUAUUUCUAAGUCGUGGCGCCUCACAGACUAUUUAUUGUCCAAUGGACCUUCGAAAUUUUCCAUUCGAUCAACAAAGAUGCCAGAUGGAUAUCAGACUUUAUGCCUAUGACAACAAACACUGCACUCUGGAUUGGAACCUGGAACGUGGAGGGCCUAUCUUCGUUAACAAUGACCUUCAGGUGUCUGAAUUUUCAGUCAAGUCCAUGUCAUACAGCAAGUCAGUGGUAAAUGUAAGCAAAUCAGCUAGUUACGAUGUUUUGUCGACUACUUUCAUUCUGGAAAGACAACGAAGUUUCUAUUUACUCAAUUACAUAUUUCCUUGUGGCAUGAUUGUUAUUCUAAGCUGGGUAGGUUUCUGGAUCGACUACCGUUCAACGCCGGCAAGGGCUUCUCUGGGAAUCACGACAGUUUUAACAAUUACAACCCUCACAAACAGCAUUCGAGCGGCAAUGCCUCAAGUUGUUUACACAAAAGCCAUUGAUGUUUACCUUCUAACUUGUUUUGUGUUCGUGUUUGCAUCAAUAAUCGAAUUUGCGAUCGUUGGCAUAACUGAUGUCAAAUGGCAGAAGUCCUACAAAAAGAAGAGGCGAAAAAUGAAGGAGAAGGAAAAACGAGCAGACCUUAAUGAAGAAAUACCGAUGCAACAGCUACGGAAACAGCCAGGUAAGCGAGACGCAAGUCAGUCACACAGCAACUCAGAGGCUCACAAUGAAACACUUGGUGAUGAGAUAUGCCACAGCUCGAUCAGCCUCCAUGCAGAAGUCAGUGCUGCAAACAACACAACUGAAAUAAAGAGACGGAAUAUCAAAACGAAAAAUGUAGAGACUAAAGACAAAUCUGCAAUGAAACGGUCAACUACUUCAAACAAAAACUGUAGUUGUUGCCUUUUAGUAGUGUGGAGAAAAAUAGUCGACUACCUUGCUGAAAAGCACACAAAAACGAGAAAUCAUGGACACAUUAUAGACAGACUCUCAAGGGUUAUUUUCCCUAUUUUGUUCUUUAUUUUCAAUGUACUGUUUUUCACUACUGUUUAUCUUAAAGGUAAGAAUACAAAACUUUGAUUGAUAGUAAAGUAUACAUAAUAAACCAGCCUCUAAUUCUCAAAAUAUUGUCAAGAAAUAGCGGCAAUAAAUGUAACUCUCGCAAGAAAGGCAAUGCUAUUAUCUUGUUGUUAAUUGAAUAUGAUUUUUUAAGUUAAA